UUAUAGGUGAAACUGACUAAUGGUAAUAAAUGUUAAAUCUAUUUGAAUUAUUCAAAGACCUGAUAAUUAAAGGCACAUGAAUAUAAAUAGACUUUUUGCUUGUGUUAAAAAAUGUCCACUUGAAAAUUGUGCAGUUCUGUAUAUCAGAAACUGAUUGAUAUGAAAUUUAUGUAAACAUGAUUGACUGUCUAUUUUACAACUAAGUAAUUUCUGGUGUGUCUUUGAAAAUUAAAGGCACAGUAUACUUUGACUUCUUUCUUGUGUAUAGAAAAAUGGGGUCUACUUGAAACUUGUGCAUUUUUGAAUAUCAGAAACUGCUUGAUAAAAAAUUUAUGUAAUGAUAGACUGUUUCACAACUUGAUAAUUUCUUGUGAGUCUUAGAACUAUUUUUUUUAUUUUCAGCACAAAGCCACUUGAAUGCUGUCCAUCGGUCAACAAUGACAACUCAAAAACCAAUGCAAAAGCUGUUAGAAGCAAAACUUCACAAAGAUGAUGAAAUUGCGCUAAAUCUCCUGAAAACAGCCUAUCAUAUAGCAAAACGAGAAUUACCGAAGGAUGAAAUGAGACACAUGGUAGACUAUGCUUCCCUUCUUGGUGUAGAGUUAUCAAAAAGUAACUGUAAUGUGCAAUACACUAGUUCCCAGAGUGUGUCAGAGUUCCAGGCAGCCCUGGCUGAGGUAAUAUUGGAUGAUAAAAUAAAGGCUAUACAGCAGUCUGAGGUGUAUUCUGUGACAUUAGAUGAAAGCACUGACAAUGGAAACUUGAAGAGAGUAAUAAUGUACGCACAGUGUGUAACAGAACAUGGGUUAGAAUAUUGUCUAUUGUCCAAUAAACAAAUCAGUGAGGGUUCAGCUAGUGCUAAGAACAUAGUAUCUAUGGUUGUAGAGGAACUCAAGUCAAAAGGGCUUGAUAUUACAAAACUAGUUGGCCUAGGGACAGAUGGUGCUAGUGUAAUGACAGGCCGAAAAGGUGGAGUAGUGAAAUUACUCAAAGAACAUUCCCCAACAUUAAUAGGUGUCCAUUGUGCAGCUCACAGAACAGCAUUGGCCACGUCACAGGCAGCCAAAUUAGUGCCACACAUGGAAAGCUACUCAAGAUCAAUUGCCAGUGUGUUUAGAUACUUCCAUAACUCAGCACUUCGAUCAAACCGUUUAAGAACAAUUCAGACACUGCUUAAUCUACCAUCAAUAAAGUUUGCGGAAGUACAUUCAGUGAGGUGGUUAAGUUUAGAUCAUGCUGUUCAGGUUAUGUACCGUUCUUACCCAGCACUGUGUAUGGCACUAGAAAGGGAGGCAAUCUAUGAGCCGUCUGCUAAAGGUCUAUUACAGGAAGUUUCACUAUACAAAUUUAUUGCCUUUACUCACCUAAUGAUGGACAUUCUCCCCUUCAUGACAAGGUUAUCUAAGAAGUUCCAGGCACAAACAGUUGAUUUCAGUGUAGUGAAACCAAUGAUUACCAGCACUUGUGAAAGCUUACAAGACUUGCUAGAGGCACCUGGACUGUUUGUUGAAAAGCUCUCUAAGUUUGUGGUUGAGGAAGAUGGCAAGUAUGUAUACAAAAGACCAUUAUCAGAAUCUGACUGUAAGUCUGUCAAUAGUGCCAUAAUGGAAAAUAUUGAAUUUGAUGGAUUCUCUAAUGAAAGUGAUGAUGAAGGAGAUGAUGAAAAUGUAGGCUACUCCCCAGUGCUUCACUACUAUACCCAACAGGAGAACAUUAUUGAAACUGUGGCACCCAUGUAUAUCCAAAAACUGACUGACAACUUAAGAGAUAGAUUUGAUGAGACUGAAAUUCUUGAAACAAUGAAAGUGUUAAUCCCUAAAAACAUUGUCCAAUCUGACUGUUUGUCCAAAUAUGGCCUCCAGGAAAUAGAAACCCUGGCAGAUCACUUCCACAUCCACCUCCAAAACAAAGAAGUGAGGUCUGAGUAUCAGACUUACAAGCGUCUGGUGAAAGGAUCAUAUAGUGACAGUGACUUAAUUGAAGUGAUGUGUUUAUUGAUGAAAACAAAUGACCUCCCAAACUUGAUCAUGUUGUUGAAAUGUUGUUCAGUUAUUCCAAUGACAAGUGUUCAAUGUGAACGUGGCUUUAGUACCCAAAAUCGCAUAAAAUCAAAGGCCAGAACAUCCAUUAAGUGUAAGACCUUGGAUGAUCUAAUGAGAAUUUCAGAAGAUGGACCAGACAUAAAAGACUUUGACUUUCAAUGUGCCCUUAAAAAAUGGAAGUCAUGUAAAGUGAGAAAGCUAUACUCUUCAUAAACAAUGAUUAGAUAUGUACAUGUAUGAAACUGCUAGUUAUGUACAUGCAUGAAAGUUUUUCAACAAGAAACAUAGACACUGAAUUUGUUGACUCUUAUGGAAGAUGUGUAAAUAUGUAUAUGUUUUUUAGUUAUUAUGAAUAGCUCAUUUGACAUUGAUUUUUCAGGCUGAAAUAGAACAUGUUGCAUAUACAAUGUAUAUAUGUGUAUAUAUUUUUUUGUAUCAUUUGACAUUAUUUUUAGUUAUUAUGAAAAGCUCAUUUGACACUUUGAUUUUUCAGGCUGAAAUAGAACAUGUUGUAUAUGUGUAUAUAUUUUUUUGUAUCAUUUGACACCUUGAUAUCAGUUAAACCUUUUUUAAAUAAGAUGUUGUAAAUAAUAAUAUUUUUUUACUGUUUUUGAACAUUUGGGAAAUUGUCAAAACCUCAUUUUAACACUUAGUUCAGUAUUUAAUAAAUAUAUAUGUUCUUGUUUAAAAGUAAUUAUGAAAAUGUUAUGAUAUAUUGAUAGUUUAUAGAUAUAUAUGUGUAUUUCUAAAAUAAAAAUAGUUUAUUCUUAUUUGUUUAUAUUUUAUGCUUUAGUUUGAAAGGAUAUUCCUUCCCUUCUUGUGUUAACAUGUAGACUGCGGUCCAUUUAAUGUUGGUAUACCCACUUCUCCCUAAGUCUUGAAACUUCUCCCUAAUGUGGGCUGAGGGAGAAGUGACUUCUCCCUAAAAUUUUGGUCUAGCUAGA